AUGGGGAUUUCAGAGGCAUUCGAAUCUGUUGAAUUUACGCUUCCGAGUCUGGACAUCUUCAACAUACCCCCUCGGCCACUCAUACGAACCCCCCUCGCACCUGUUAAUACUCCUCUGGAAAGGUUUUUCCGCCCACUCAGUAUCAACCCAAGAUUCUUCGACCUGUCGCUGAAUCCCGAAUUCGUUUUUACGUUCGUGGCAGUAUAUGUCACUGUCGUUCUUCUCUUGAACCAAUUCAAUGCCGGUCGUCAGUAUAGACCAUGGGCUUUGACCAGGAUUUCUAUCUUUAAGGGGUUCAUGGUAGCACACAACUCGCUGCUUGCUUUAUUUUCUGCAUGGGUCUUUUACGGUAUUGUCUACUAUCAGUAUGACCAUUGGAAAUCGACAACAUCAGAACUGGAAGACAAGUCUUCCGCCCAUGUGGUCGAAUUCCUAUGUCAACUAAACUCGAAGGACUAUCGGAUACUCGCAAAGCCACCCACUGGCUCUGAAGAAAGAGUCAUUUACAUGUACUGGAUUUUCUAUAUCAGCAAGUUUUACGAGGUCGUGGACACCCUCAUUAUCCUCGCUCGAGGCAAGAAGAGCUCAACUUUGCAAACCUUUCACCAUGCGGGGGUCAUAAUCAUUGGAUGGACGGGGCUGAGAUAUGAAUCUCCAAUGGCUCCUCCGGGUGCCAUGUUGAAUGCGAUGGUGCAUACUUUGAUGUACUUCUACUUCACUCUUCAAACGCUGAGAAUACCCGUUCUGAAAGUAUUCAAACGUGCAUUGACGAUUAUUCAAAUUGCCCAGUUUAUUGUGGGUUUAGGAUUUGCUCAUUUUUAUCUUUUUGUGAGUUACAAAGCUCCGUUGUCCACGGGCGCGCCUCAGGCAGGAUCGUUCAAAGCAAAUGGCCAAGCAUCGAAUGUAUCGACCGGGGUGACUACUACAAUCCCAUGCUUGGGUAAUCAAGGUGAAGGUUUUCCUCUCGUUGUGGCAAGCUCCUAUCUUUUGCCCUUGAUAUAUCUGUUUGUGGAAUUUUACACGAAUUCGUAUACAGGAAAGGCCAUGAAGACAACUAAGGUUGCGAAAGUGAAAUGA